AGCAAUCACCAUAAUCAUUCCCUAAUUUCCAUCACCAUUUCUCUACUCUUCGCCACCCUUCAUCACUGAUCUCACCACUCCAGACCUUUCUCUUCCAUUUUCCAAACUCCUUAAGCCGCAGACCAUUGUCUCCACCUCACAGCAACUGCACAUCAUCUUCAACAACUCCUGGGUUUGUCCUUUCUACUAGAAAUUUGCUGGCCUCCUUAAUUUCUUGCUGUCUCUACAGCUCGGGUCUCCAUUUCUAGGAAGACCCGCAGCCUCUCACUAGAUUUUUGGUAAGAUUGAGUAGAAAAUUGCUUCCUUUCCUUAAUUUCAGUAGAUAUGGUGUAAAUUUUGACUGUUUAAAUUGGGAAAUUGUAUGUGCUCUUUCUUGCUUCCAAGUUCGCUACACUAUUGAGGCUUGUUGUGGCUGUUAGUGUAGAUUAAUUGUCCCAUUUCGCUUUAGGUGCAUAAAAUUUUUUGAAUGACUUGAUUGUCGUGAUUGGUUGAUAAAAUUCUAUUUUUUCUUGCACUUUUCCCUGCUGUUUUUGUCAUAAAAUUUUGCUGUUUUUACCCAGAAAAUCCUCCUAUUUUGCUGCUGUUUUGCCUAGAAGAAUUCUGCUGUUCUUGUCGGAAAUUUCUGUUGUUUUUACCCUUAAAUAGCUGCUGUUUUGCCCAUAAAUGCUGCUGUUGCGUGUGACAAUGAGAGUUGUUUUAAGCACACUCUAAGUGUGGUUAAACAUAUUUAUAUGUUAAUAAGAUUUCAAAGGGGUAGAAAUAGUAAGGUCACCACCAUCUCCUUGAAACCUUGAAUACUUGCUGUGGUAAGUCUACAAGAAGAGGUAAGUAAAAUUAUGGUAAUGCCUUUGGAUUUUAAGGUAAAGGUUUUAAAAGCAUAUUUUAAACUGUUUUUGAAGUGGUGGCGAGAUUAAACUCGUUUUACACAAAAAUGAGCAUGAUUGGUUUAAGAUGAAAUUGUUAUCAGUUAUUGAUUUGAGCAUGCCUACUUGGAGUUUAUUGAAUUGUUCUGAUAACCUGAAAUUAUGGAUUUUCUUGUAACUCCUAUAUGGUUUUGUCUCCAAUAUUGUCAUGAUAAUUGACGCCUGCUAGUGGGAGUUUGCAAACACUAGUACAUGUCGACAUGUAUACCUGUAGGAUCGGUUCAUUCUGUAAUUCUGCCGGUGGGAUAAUACACUGGCUAUUAUUGAUGCCUGCCAAUGGGAAUUUAUUAAACACUGACCAUGACUAAUUGAGGAGACCACUACUUAAUUUUAUUCUACAUUAAUGGUUUAUCAUUGAGGUAUUUUUCUAGUUUAUGUUUAAAUUGUUUAUCUGACAUGCUUUAACUUUAUUUAAGGGCUAUCCAUAUUUUACUUACUAAGUUGUCUCAAUAGUUUUUCCUUGUCCACCAUUUCAGGUAGUGUGACUUGAGACGUGGAAAACCAAGGAGAGUGACGAGCUAGAAGGAUAGUUACUUGUAUUUUGGGCAUAGAUUUUUUGAAAUAAAGAUCAUUCUUUUGCAAGUUAGAUUUUAUUUUGAGUUAUUGAUCUAAACUACGUGGAUCGUUAGUUAUGAAUUUAGUAAGUUCUGAGCCUUGUGCAUUUGUGGGAUCCUCUCACAAGUGUACGACGUCUGUUUCACCUCCGGAUUUAGGUUUUGGGGUGUGACAAGGAAGGGAAAAAAGUCUUUUAUUUUAUUUUUCUACUUUUAAUCCAUUCAAUUCAUUUAUCGUAUGUUUGUGUUGAGAGGAAUGGAGGGGAGGAAAGAGGAGGGAAAGUAUUUUUCUUUAUUUGGUUGUAAAAAAAUUGAAGAGAAAGGGAGGGAAGAAUUUUCUUUACUUUAUUUUUUCUUUUAAUUUAUUUAUUUGUCUAAAUGUAGGGAAUAAAGGGGAGGGGUCCGGUCCCCUCUAUUUCCCUCAAUUAGGGGUGGAGACAGGAUUUGGAAUGAGGGGAGGCCAAAUUUAUGAGCACUUAUAUCAAACUUGUGUAAAAUAUUAUCUCUCGAGUCUAUUUUAGUUGUAUUAAUUUGAUUUUUACUUGAAGUUUGAUUUAUUUAU